AUGUCUGCAGACUCCGUAGACCAGGUUUUUGAGAAGGCCAUCUCCACUAUUCACACACUUUCAUCCCUUCAAGGAUACAACUCUCUGCCAAGGCCUCCCGCAAGUAUACGGACGGAGUUGUAUGCUUUAUUCAAACAAUCAACAGAGGGUGAUGUGGAAAAUGUUCUGCCGAGACCAGAGGGCGACCUGAGCUCUUCAGAGCUCUCAGUGGCGCGGAGAAAAUGGGAUGCAUGGAAACUGAAAUCAGGCUUGAGUCGUACAGAGGCCAAAAAAAUGUAUAUUCAAAUGCUUAUCUCUACCAUGAGGUCAUAUGCAAUGGGAACGCUGGCAGCUCGGGAACUGCUGGCCGAUCUGGAAUUUCUGUGGUCGCAGGUGGCAGAUCAGAAGGGUAUAGAAGCGGACGAAAACAAUGGUAUGAUAUUGGAGCUGCAGGACGACUUGCAAGACACCAAGUCUCUACGUUUGCGUCGGGAGAUUUACGAAACCCUUUUUGCACUGAACGAAAACAAGUCUGGGCUUCCUUACUUCCGUGGAACUGAUCAACGCAAAGAGCAACAAGGUUCCGGGCCAAGCUCCAAGCAGUCAAGGCUGCGAAGAAUCUUGCGAUACAUGACCCGUUUGUUCGCGCGUCACAUUUGGGUUUUGGUCAAGAAACUGCUGUGGAAUGGUGCGCUGACAGUUGCUUUAAUCAUGGCUGCCAGGAAACUGGGGUUCCUUUCUCCCGUGCGCUUGGACUUGACGUUUGAUCCAGACAGAAAGACGCAACCUGGGGAAGGCAUCUAUUCAAAAUCAUUGGCGAUUUGUCGGAACGGAGCUGGUAUAAUCUUCAGUUAUAUCAACCGAUACAUGGGAUUUGGUAUAAAUCAGAUUCACAUCAGCGUAACGUAA